AGGUAGCUUGCUCCAAGCCGGCCCGGUUGCGAGGAAUCAAGAGAUCUUUGCCGGUGCUGACUUGGAUCUCGGGUGACGGAAUAAGGCGGCCAGAAGCGACGAGCAGUCGCGGUCGAAGCUUGGUGCCAAGAAGGAGACCAACUAGACGAGACAGACCAUUGUUCAUAGGUUGGUUAUAAGCCUGGAGAUCGAAUCUGAUUCUUCCCCUUUGAGAGGGAUUCUCGUGCCAACCAUAGGAAGAAGAACUCGGCAUAUCUGGAUCCGGAAUCAUGAAUAGAUAGGGGCAGCAUAUGCGGGGGCUUCUCUGGAAGAAGAUCUAAUAGGGGAUCUCGAGGUUGAAAAUGAAGAUCCAUAUGCAUGUACGAAUGAAGGUACAGAUCGGAAGCUCUUCGAGCUUCCGGGUGAGCUUACGCUUACUCUCAGCUUGGGGAGGUACGCAAGCGAGGGAAAAAGCUUUGAUGAGGCAAAGUGUAAAGCUGAGGCAUAUUUCUAAAACUAGCAAUUCCGACUCUUCUCUCAAAGGGUCUUGGUCUCGGUCCGGUCUUUUCUUCCUUGGUCUGACGCUUGCGUCUUCCUUUCAGCGAAGAACAUCCAUCCUUGGGGAGGUCACCUCUAAAGGCCUAUAGGUCCGUCUAUCGAUAGGUGAUACGCUCAAAUUACACCUAUUAUUGGUAUAACGCGGACGUUGUCAAAUAUAGUAACCCAACAAGGUUGGGGUCGAAUCCCACAGGGAAUAUGGUGUGAAAAGGUUACUAAAGUUGUAAAUGCUAAGUUCUAGGUCUAAUAUCUUAAUUCGAUAAUGUUGGUAAAAGUUGGGUUUUGUCUAUGACUAAUUUCUAAACUGUUGUUUUAGUGACUAUUUAUGGUAAAAGAAACUAAGGUUGUGUCCCCGUUAGAUAGGGUGUAUGAUCAUGGGUAUUGAUCUUGAUAUACUUGUAAUGGAUCAUUAUAUUAAUGCACUUAAUCUCUAUGUGAAUCUCUAUUAUUUCCCAAUAAAUAAAGAUUAUAUCUUUCUAUGAUUUUCCCAAAUAUAAGAAAGUGAUUAUGAAGAACGAUUAAUCAUGCCAAGUAAACUCCUCUUAUUCCUAAGUGAAUUUAUUAAACAAAGUUUAAAGCUUUGAGUUCUUGUUAAUUAUUCUUACCAACCCUAAUUAUUUUCCCAAAUAAAUUAGGGUUUAUGGCUUUAAUCAAUGUUUGCAACCAUUAAUUAUGAAUGAAGAAUGAAGAAUAAUCAAACCCUAAUAAUCCAUUAUGUGUAUAUCAAUCACAACACCCAAUCACAAAACACCCAUCAUUGGGUUCACAACCCUAGUAAGGGAAUUUAGCUACUCAUGACAAAGAAUAAGAAAUAAGACAUUGAAGAAUUCAUAAAUGCUUACUUUGGAAAAAAAAAGAAUUGGUAAUACUUGAAUUGAUGUUUGAAUCUUCAAAAACUAGAGAGAAGUUUUUGUUCUAAGUCAAGAGACAAAAAUAUAUUGAAUGCUGACUAUUAAAACCCUACAAUGACUAUUUAUAGGUUUUGAAAAUACAUAAGUUACAGAUUUUGCACUUCAGUCCUGUCAUGACGAAAUACGGUCCGUAAAUCACUUUACGGACCGUAAACAUGGUUUACGCCUAACUCGUUCACUCAGCUGUGUGCAACUUAUCCUGCCAAAAUACGGACCGUAAAGUGGUUUACGGACCGUAAAGUGGUUUACGGUCCGUAAACUGCUUGGUCGUAAUUCAACAUCUGAUACUUCGACUUUCUGCCAGAUGCUCAACUGGUUAAAUACGUGAUGGAAUACGGACCGUAAACUGAAAUACGGUCCGUAAACCUAGCUCGUAAACCACCAUCUUCUCAGCUUGACUUUCUGGUUCUGUUAUCCUUAAACACGACCAUGGAAUACGGCCCGUAUUGUAGAAUACGGACCGUAAACAUCACUUUACGACCUGGUUCUGCACUUCAACUGUGAUUGUGCCGAAUCUGUUCCUUUACCUGAAAAACACUAAAAAUCACGUAAAAUCACAUAGGCUUGCUUAAAAACAAGUAAAACUUAGAGUAAAAAAGCAUCGAUUGUGGCGUAAAACCACGCCACAUCAAUAGGCUGUCUUUCUUUUCUUUCUCUUACGGGUCGGCAAAGUCUGAUUCUAUUGGAAAAAAGGGCCGGUCUCUUCGGCGAGGGCUUGACGCCAUCUGAAGCGUCAGACGAUGCUUGGCAUUCCUGAAAUCUAUCUCUUUGGGUGAUGAUGCUAAAAGCACAGGUCUAUACUUCGGCACAGACCUCUUUUGAGAUUUAAUAUAGGAAAGUAAAGUGCUAGUAUUUCUUAGAGCUUGGCUUUCUCCACAACCAGUCUUCUAUUGGGGCACCAUAUAGAGGUUCUAGAGGAAAGAAGGGAGCUAAAGGAGUACGAAGUCCCGACAGCAAAUCCUUCUCACUUUUUUGAUGCGAAUUGAAUACGCAGCUCUAAGACGAGGGAAGCGCUUAAAAGCCCCUUUAUUCAUACAUUGAAUUUCGAGAUAGCCGGAUAGCAACGGUCUUCUUCUAGCUCCUCGCGGAUUCUCUGUAUUCUCUUCCGAACAGCGGAUUUCCUCUUUCUAUUAAGAAAUUCUAAAGAAAAAGUCCCUCGGACGAGGAGAAAAGGGGCUUUUGAUCGAGAUGGGUAGAAGAAGCACUGCUAAGAUAAAUCUCUCUGGAGGAAAGACAUAGCUCAAAAAUAUGGUUUGUUGAAUCAGUGGACAACAAAUGAAGUAAAUACUACUUACGGAUGCAGUGUUUGGAAGACUAUUAGGAGAAUGUGGAAUGAAUGCCGUGAAAAUUUGAGCAUAAUGGUAGGGGAUGGGACAAAAACCUUCCUUCUGGGAAGAUCAUUGGAUUGGGCACUGUAAUCUCAAAACUUUAUUCCAGGACUUACACAUCUCAGUCUUCAAAAAAUGGACAAAAUAUCCCAAAUGUGGACAGCACAGGGGUGGAAUCUUUUGUUUAGAAGGGCACUAAAUGAUUGGGAAAUAGGGAGAGUCACAGAUUUGCUUUUGGUACUCAAUUCCUUCAUAGAAACCACUAAUGUUCCUGAUAAACCAGUUUGGAAACUAUGCAGCAAAGGGAAUUUCACUGUUAAAUCAGUUUAUUGGGAGAAGAACAAGGUUGUAAAUCCAUCUCUGGUUUGGCCAUGGAAGCUUAUUUGGAAAGUCAAAAUUCCAUAUAAGGUUUCUACUUUUGUUUGGUUAGUUUUGAAGCGGGCUUGUCUAACACAAGAGGCUCUACAAAGAAGAGGUCUUCAAAUACGCUCAAGAUGCCUACUUUGUGGAAAAGAUGCAGAAACAAAUAAGCAUUUAUUCCUACAUUGUCAGAUAACUGCACAUCUGCGGCACAUGUUCUUUUGUAUCCUAGGGGUGAAGUGGGUGUUACCACGAUCAACUCUAGAACUCCUAUGCAACUGGAAAGAAAUUGGAAGAAGGAAGGCGAAGGAAGAUUGGUGGCAGUCCAUUCCAGCUUGUAUUUGGUGGUCAAUUUGGAAGGAAAGAAACUCUUAAGACAAUUUGAAGAUAAAGCUAACACCAUCCAGAUAGUUAAAAUGGAGUGUCUUAGUAUCUUUUAUUUUUGGUGUAAACAAGAUAUAGUGGGGGAAAUAGGUGAUUUGGUAGAUUUUCUAGGCAAUGUGUAAAUUAUAACUAGCAUCAUUACCUCCCGGCCACUGUUUUUGGUGGCUUUACCUGUAAAGUUUCAAAUCAGCAUUCUAAAAAAUGCUGGUACAUUUGGAUGGAAUACAAAUGUUACCUUAUUCAAAAAAAAAAAAAAAAAAAAAAAAAAAGUAAUAAUCUGAGCAAGGAAUCUUUAGAUCAACUUGAAGUUUCAACUUUUAUUUCUAUUGAGUUUUGCUUCUUGUAAUUGUGUUCUGGCAGUAUGCACUAUUCUACUGGUGAUGUGAAAUUACUGCAAAUCCCUCUUAUCAUUUUAAAAUGCUGCAUCUUUCUAAAGAUAAGUCACUUAUACAAAUCAAGCAAUUAUGAUCAAACUAAUUAUUUCUAUUGAGCUUUUCUUCUUGUAAUUGUGUUCUGGUAGUAUGCACCAUUAUACUGGUGAUGUGAAAUUACUGCAAAUCACUCUUAUCAUUUUACAGUGCUGCAUCUUUCUAAAGCACUUAUACACAUCAAGCAAUUAUGGUCAAACUAACUAGUUUUGAUCAUACUCCCUGAUCUGUUUAAUGGCUUGCUGGAUUCGCAAGAAUCUAAGGAGAUUGUAGUUCCAAGGUGUCAUAUUUCAGCUGUCAAAGACUGACAUACUGUUCUGUGACUGGAAAUUCAACUUCUAUUUCAAUUGAGUCUUGCUUCUUGGCAGCCCAUACGUACUCUGGGAUUCCUGAACACUCAUUGGUGUUUCUGAGUUUGGUGAUGGAGAGCAUUCCGCGAUUAGCACAGCGUGUUCUUUCCGUGCCAUUCACUCCAAAAUACUUGAAAUCCUGUGAGAAAACGAGACCUCUUACCUCCCACUUAAUGCAACUCCACGGCUUCCGGAGACCAAUAUUCAUACAAUGGAAUCUGCAGGGAAGACCUUCUGUAUGCACUGACUUAGUAUCCGUGAAAAAUUACAGUUCUGCCACUGCUCGAGCAGGUUGGUUUCUGGGUUUAGGAGAGAAAAAAAAGCAAGUCAUACCUGACAUUGUGAAAGCUGGUGAUCCUGUUCUUCAUGAACACGCUCAGGACGUUUCUCUUGAGGAGAUUGGGUCAGAACGGGUCCAAAAGAUCAUUGAUGAGAUGGUUAAGGUUAUGAGAAAUGCACCCGGAGUUGGUCUUGCUGCUCCUCAAAUUGGUAUUCCUUUGAAGAUAAUUGUGUUGGAAGACACAAACGAGUAUAUAAGCUAUGCUCCUAAAGAUGAAACCAAAGCACAGGACAGACGUCCAUUUGAUCUCCUGAUUAUUGUAAAUGCAAAGCUUAAAAAGAAAGGCAACAAAACUGCAUUGUUUUUCGAAGGGUGCUUGAGUGUUGAUGGGUUCAGAGCAGUUGUGGAAAGACACUUAGAAGUAGAGGUUAGAGGUUUGGAUCGAAAUGGCAAAGCAAUCAAAGUUGAUGCUUCAGGGUGGCAGGCUCGCAUUUUGCAGCACGAAUGUGACCACCUAGACGGAACUCUUUAUGUCGACAAGAUGGUUCCUAGAACAUUCAGGACUGUAGAGAACUUGGACUUGCCUCUUGCAGCUGGAUGUCCUAAAUUGGGAGCAUGCUGAGUCCACUACCUCAAGCAACUCUUCAUGAACUGUGUUAACAAUAUUUUGCUUGCGAAUGGGAUCAUGGGUACAAUUAAGGAACUGUCGCACUACUUGGAUUCAGAUAUGAGGUCCUUUAACAACAUUCUUUUUUUUUGAUGGAUGAGCUAUAAAGAUCCAAUUUUUUGAAUGGUAUACUGCUUCUCCGUGUUCUAUUCGGUUACAACUUAAAGAAAAUACUUGGUGUGGUCUAGUGCUCACUAAAGUCGGUUGAGAAUUUCAGGUUCAUUUUCCAGAAGAGGUGAGCGCAAGCUGGUCCAGAUACUACAAUUAUCAAACGUUUAUUCUGAAUAUUAUGUCCCUUUUCAA